AGUAAAAAAAUAUUGCGCGGGAAAGAGAAAAACCCACACAUUAACGCGCCAGACAUCUGACAGGGUAUGCCUGAAAUAUUAGAGGAACAAGAACCCGCUGCAAAAAAGUGUAAGAAGAUGCCACUUGACAAUGUUGUUUUGAGGUUCGCUAAAAUGACCGAAUAUGCCUUCACUCCAACUCGAGGUUCGAAACUGGCCGCCGGAUACGAUCUGUAUAGUGCCUAUGACCAUACCAUUCCAGCCAGGGGCAAACAGCUGGUAAAGACAGACAUCCAGAUUGCUUUGCCGGAUGGAUGUUAUGGACGAGUUGCGCCGAGGUCAGGCUUAGCAGCCAAACAAUUCAUAGAUGUUGGAGCGGGCGUUAUAGAUCAGGAUUACCGUGGAAAUUUGGGCGUGGUCAUGUUCAACCAUGCUGAGACAGAAUUUAAAGUAAACAAAGGUGACCGGAUUGCCCAGCUGAUCUGUGAGAGGAUAUACAUUCCUGAACUAGAAGAACAAGAGACGUUGGACGACACAGAUCGUGGGUCUGGUGGAUUUGGAUCAACAGGGCAAAACUGAAAAGUGCAUAGAAAAAUUGGAGGAUGUUUAGUGGAGAAAAAAAUAUAAACAAAGUAUAAUGUUGAUGUAUGUAUGUUUGAAAGAUGAUUGAAUGAACUUGAGAGUGAACUAGAAAAUCUGUGCAAGAUGAUCACUAUCUUCAAGCAAUGUGUACCAAAUACUGGUAAUCUACAAUUUCACUUGUUUGUUGAAGAAUGGAAGUUGCUGUAUGAUGAUAUUCAUUGGACUCCAUUAUUAUGUAUAUUUUUGCGAUUUUAUUUUUGAAUCUCAUUUAUUGUUGUUCUGCUCAACUUGAAAAAGUUACCACCAAGAUGUGUUCAAUAGAUUUGUACAGGGACCAGUGUGUUCGAUAAUAAGAGUUUUUGGGAAUAACCUUGAUCUGUUCAUGUGCUAAUUUUAGCUCUCAGGAAUUCCCUUGAUGCUCUAUUCAAUGUGCUAAGUAUAGCUUUGAGGAUUUCCCCUGAUGUACUGUUUAAUGUUCUAAAUGUAUCUAUAGUGAAUUACCUCAUAUUAUAUGUGCUAAAUAUAGAAAUUAUAAAAAAACAACUUGUGUUCAAUUAAGGCAUUUAGCUUGCUAUCUAUGUGUUCAAGAUCAUGUAAUUCUGUCAAGUGAAAUUAUGGUUACUGCUUUACCCUCCCAAAAUUUGGUUAAAAUUGUAGUAAGCUGUACAUAAGCUUUUAUUUUUGGAUUCAUAUGUUACUUUCCAUCUUCAGUUUAAACUUUGUAACUUCGGUUUAGUGACCAAUAGUAGGUCUUAUGAUAAUUUUUGUUCUUGUGAAAUAUAUUCCUGACCUCAGGGCUUUUUCUCACUGGUUUGGGAAAGGGCUAUUUUGUCUCAUUUUGGGAAGAAAGUUGGUGAAUUGGGAAAGAUUUUUUCAGGAGUAAACUGCAAAUUUUGGGAAUUUGGCUUAAAUAGGAAAUAAUUUCAAUUGGGAAUGGGGCCCAUUAACGGCCCCAAAAAGCCCUCAGAAAAAGCCCUGGACCUACUGACGAGUUGUCAGAAUCUACUACAUUUUAGAUCAGAAAAAAAAGAACAAAGGAAUCCAUUUCAAUAUCUGCCGGAAAUUUCUCAUUUCAAAUAAAUGUCAUCGGUUGACUCUCAGACAAUGAAACUGUUCUUUAAUUGGAAGGGGAAUCAAUAAUUUUACUUUGCUUGUAUCCAUCAAAUGGUAAGGGAAAAUUCAGAUACUGACUUUAACAAUAUGCUAGUAUACAUCAAAUGGCAAGGAACAAUUCAGAUACUGACUUUAACAAUAUGCUAGUAUACAUCAAAUGGCAAGGAACAAUUCAGAUACUGACUUUAACAAUAUGCUAGUAUACAUCAAAUGGCAAGGAACAAUUCAGAUACUGACUUUAACAAUAUGUUGGUGUAUAUCAAAGUUGUAUAGAGUAGUGAUUUCUAACUUCAGUAGUAAUUUAAUCACCUGCUAUUGGCCAAAAUAAUGAAAAAUGAGAGAAUUCUGUGUAUAUUUCCAUAUCAAUCAGAUUGUGUAUAUAAACAAUGUUUAAUUAGAUUAUAGGAAUUUACAAUGUAUAUCUAGAAUUUAAUGUACUAUGUGCCUUUGUAAUGAUUAUUGUAAUGUCAUCACUCAUUUAUCAUCGUAAUGUCAUCACUCGUUGGAUCAUUGUAAUGUCAAAACCAUAAAUCAUUGUGAUAUAUAAACACAUUGAUCGUUUAAUGUCAACACUCAUUGUAACGUCAUCAAUCAUUGAUUAUUGUAAUGUUAUCACUCAUUGAUUAUUGCAAUGUCAACACUCAUUGAUCGUUGUAACGACAUCAAUCAUAGAUCAUUGUGAUAUAUAAACACAUUGAUCAUUGUAAUGUCAACACUCAUGGACCAUGGUAAUGUCAUCAGUCAUUGAUUAUUGUAAUGUCAACACUCGAGCUCAUUGAUCAUUGUAAUGUCAUCACUCAUUGAUCAUUGUAAUGUCAACACUCGAGCUCAUUGAUCAUCAUAAUAUCAUAACUCAUUCAUCAUUCUUAUGUCAACACUCAUGGAUCAUUGUAAAUGUCAUCACUCAUUCAUCAUUGUAAUGUCAACACUCAUUGAUCAUUGUAAUGUCAACACUCGAGCUCAUUGAUCAUCAUAAUAUCAUCACUCAUUCAUCAUUCUUAUGUCAACACUCAUGGAUCAUUGUAAUGUCAACACUCAUGGAUCAUUGUAAUGUCAACACUCAUGGAUCAUUCUAAUGUCAACACUCAUUGAUUAUUGUAAUGUCAACACUCAUGGAUCAUUGUAAUGUCAACAUGGAUCAUUGUAUUGUUAACAUGGAUCAUUGUAUUGUUAACACUCAAUGAUCCUUGUAAUGUCAUCACUCCUUGAUCUUUGUAACGACAUCAAUCAUAGAUCAUUGUGAUAUAUAAACACAUUGAUCGUUUAAUGUCACCACUCAUUGAUCAUUGCAAUGUCAUCACUAGUUCAUCAUUGUAAUGUCAACACUCAUGGACCAUUGUAAUGUCAACACUCGAGCUCAUUGAUCAUUGUAAUGUCAACACUCAUUGAUCAUUGUAAUGUCAACACUCAUUGAUCAUUGUAAUGUCAACACUCAAUGAUCCUUGUAAUGUCAUCACUCCUUGAUCUUUGUAACGACAUCAAUCAUAGAUCAUUGUGAUAUAUAAACACAUUGAUCGUUUAAUGUCACCACUCAUUGAUCAUUGUAAUGUCAUCACUAGUUCCUCAUUGUAAUGUCAACACUCGUGGACCAUUGUAAUGUCAACACUCGAGUUCAUUGAUCAUUGUAAUGUCAACACUCGAGCUCAUUGAUCAUUGUAAUGUCAACACUCAUUGAUCAUUGUAAUAUCAACACUCAUGGAUCAUUGUAAUGUCAACACUCAUGGAUCAUUGUAAUGUCAACACUCAUUGAUCAUUGUAAUGUCAACACUCAUUGAUUAUUGUAAUGUCAACACUCAUUGAUCAUUGUAAUGUCAAGACUCGAGCUCAUUGAUCAUUGUAGUGUCAUCAAUCAUUGAUCAUCGUAAUAUCAACACUCAUUGAUCGUUUUAUGUCAACACUCAGGGUCAAUGUCAUCACUCAUUGAUCAUUUUAAUGUCAAUUUAUGUCAUUUAUUAAUUAUCGUAAUUGUCAAAAGACUUCAAUCAUUGAUCUUUGUAAUGUCAUCAAUCAUACAUCAUUGUAAUGUCAAAACCAUCAAUCAGUAUGAUAUAUAAACACAUUGAUCGUUUAAUGUCAACACUCAUAGGGUCAUUGUAUUGUCAACUUUUCCUGAUUAUAUACUAUAUUAUAUAUUAAUUGCAUGAAAGUGCCAUUUUUGUAGCCGGUUUUUCAAUAAAUAGGCUUUGUGUUAAAAUGUU